GUGUAAACAUUGGCGAUCGCAGGGCAGUGGUAAGAUACAGAGCGAAUCAUGGGUGAUAGACGGUGCGUUAGAUUAUCUUUAUAACACAAUGUGACGUUUGAACUCUUGUACGGAGCUACAAAGCGGCUGUGAGUGGAGAACAGCUGGGUCGAAGAAGCUCAGGUUUGUAAGCUGUGUGGGAAUGGGUUCCAUCCCUUGCUGGUUCAAAUGGAGAAUAAAGGGAGCGACGAGGUGGAAAAAUUGAAGACAAAGUUCUUGUCAGUUUGGCACAAUGUGAAGUACAGUUGGGCUCUGAAAUCAAAGACCUCGUUCAGUAGAAAUUCCCCAGUGCUUCUUCUGGGAAAAUGUUACCAUUUUAAGGCUGAAGAUGACAAUAGGCUCACAGAGGCCUGCUAUGAAGCCUCUGAGGAGGACUUCGUCAUGGGGAACGUGGAGGCUUUCCGGAAGGAUUUUGCGUCUCGAGUGUGGCUGACCUACAGGGAGGAGUUCUCUCCCUUGCCCGGCUCCACCCUGACCUCCGACUGUGGCUGGGGAUGCAUGCUGAGGGCUGGACAGAUGAUGCUGGCUCAGGCACUUACUCUGCACUUCUUGGGCAGAGACUGGACCUGGUCGGAAGCACUGACACUCCAGGCUUUAGACACAGAGACGUGGACAACCACUGCAGCCAAACGUCUGGUUGCUUCUCUGGAGUCUUCUCUGCAAGGUUCUCACAAGCCCCCUGAUCCUGGAUUACCACCCAUGCCUCAAGCCCAGGCCCCAAGAUCUGCAGAGGAGGCAGAUGCACAUUUGAAAGAGAUGUACCACCGCACACUGGUAUCCUGGUUUGGGGACAGCCCCUCGGCUCAGUUGGGACUCCACAGGCUGGUCCGCUUAGGCCUGACGAUGGGGAGACAGGCAGGAGACUGGUAUGGACCUGCUGUGGUGGCACACAUUCUAAGGAAAGCUGUCGAGGAGGCGAUGGACCCUGGCUUGGCGGGUAUAACUGCCUAUGUCUCCCAGGACUGUACAGUGUACAGUGCUGAUGUCAUUGAUAGCCACAGGGCACCAACAGCAGGGCAGGCCUCUGCUGAGAGAUCAGAUGCCCCUCCUUCGCCACAGAACAACCAACCAGCGUCUGCCUCCACCCUGCCAGACAGCCGAGCCGUCAUCAUCCUCAUCCCUGUGAGGCUGGGAGGGGAGAAGACAAACCCUGACUAUUUUGACUUUGCGAAGAGCAUACUGAGUUUGGAGUACUGCAUAGGCAUCAUCGGAGGGAAGCCCAAACAGGCCUGCUACUUUGUAGGAUUUCAAGAUGACAGCUUGAUUUACAUGGACCCUCAUUACUGUCAGUCUUUUGUGGAUGUCAGCACCAGCGAUUUCCCUCUCCAGUCGUAUCAUUGCCCCUCACCAAAGAAGAUGCCUUUCAGCAAGAUGGACCCAAGCUGCACCAUAGGUUUCUACUCUAGAAGUAUCCAGGACUAUGAGAGAAUCAGCCAAGAGCUGUCUAAGGUGCUGCAGCCGUCAGCGAAGGAGAAAUACCCAGCGUUCACUUUCGUGCAAGGUCAUGGCAGAGAUUACGACCUGUCGGCAGGCCUGACCCCAGAGAAGAGAGAAUGGCCCUUCAUCCGUGACCCAAGGAGGACGGUGACCACGGCUGGGGACUUUGUGCUGCUUUAACAGCACUGUUUAAAAAACUACUGACAGGGAACUUCCUAUUUUUUAAGAUUCAAACUGCUCAGUAUGUGGAGCCUCGUGUCUGACACGGUUGUGACAUUGAAGGUUGUUGAACUCUUUCAAACUACAAUAAUUCAGUCUAUAGGUCCUGGAAACUUUGUUGCUGAGCAAUUUUAGACAAAACUGCUGUUAACUGGUUGGACUUGUAUUUGUUGCCGGGCAAUGUUAGCGAUAGCUGAAUCAUUUGUCAGGAAGCCUUGGGAAAGUUCUUGGUGCUCUGCUGAAUUUAAUGACCUAACAAUUUUAUAUACCCAUGUACAACAUUUAGAGCAACACUAUUCAUUUGUCAAGAUUAUUUGAAUUUCUAUGGACAUCUUACGACAAGAUGUUGAUGGUGACUUUAUCAACACACCAGAUUUUGUGAGAUUUAGUGAAGGAUUUUUUGCACAUUACAUAAUAUUGAACUACCAAAGGGGUUUGAGUAGGUUCAGUUCAGCACUCCCACAUUGACGUGCUUUGUGAAUUCAAGGCUAACAGUGUCAUAGAGCAGUAGUAACUAUGACUAAACGCAGUGUUGGUCCACUUUAAAAGGUUUUAAAGGACUACACCUGUAGUAUUUAGAUGAUGUUUCUGUGUGGUUAGCAGUGGUCACACAGAAGUGUGUUAAAAGCCUUAAAUGAUAUAGGCCACAGGCUCUCUGAAAAUAGGCGAAGCUACCUAACUUUUACAAACUUCUCUGCUAAAAACAUUUCAUCAAGAGACAAAUUCUGCAACUCUCUGAGACACCUCAGCAACACAAGCACAUGCUCUGAGGGAAAUUUUCUUUUUUCAUUCACACUAAAGCUCAUUUCUUUCUCUUAGCAAUAAUAUAUGAUGAUGUUGUGUGAUGAUAUGAUUGUUUGCUUGUCUUAGUGUUUUUGAGUGGUAUUAAUUUUGACUAUGUUAUGCAUCGUAGUGAAAGUGACCAGUGGUAUCAGGAGAGUUUGUCAAAGUGAUAAUGGUGUUUUGUUAUACACCUCACUAAGCACCAUCUGUUAUUAAUUACCCUUUACAUAAGGAUACUUUGGAUGUAAUAGUAUGUACUGUAUGUACAUUACUGGUCAAAAGUUUUAGAGCACCCCCAUUUUUCUAGUUUUUAUUGAAAUUUCAGGCCUUUUUCAGGCAUCACAUACUCACUUAACUUAAAGAGCCUCUGCAGAAAAGGAAGUAAAUUAAGCCUUGAAAGUUGAUGCAAACAAUUCCUACAUGUCUAAACUUUUGUUGAUUACUGACAAACUCUGUGUCUGUACAAAGGCAGUGUUGGAACAAACUGUUACUACACCUGCUGAAGUAGUAUUUGGGCAUUAAUGCACUGCAGGAAGUAGAACUGUCCAUCAUAAUAUCGAGAAAAAAGGCGAGUAAGGUUGGUCAGGGUUUUAUCCUACAGCAACGUAAUGACCCAAAACAUUAGAAGAAAAGAACUACACGGUGGCUUCACAUGAUGGAAGAGCAGCACAGUCUCUAAAACUGGACAGAAGGUGAUGCAGUUGCAGGAACUUCUGCUGCAGUGUUGACAAACUUUUUGGUCUAUAUUUGAUUUUCAUUGUAGAAAGAACACCACAAGUGUGUUCGGCUGAAAGAUUUGUCCAAAAUUUUGAUUAAAUUUAGUUGAACAAGAA